UGACAUUACACACUUCUACUGCUUUCGCUGGGUAGACCCCUGCCACUGGCAGAAUAUGUAUCCAAUUUAUCAGAGGUGGAUCUGGAGAUCAGGAAGAAGGUGCUAUCUCAUUUGGUUGAGCUGCAUAAGGCCGGCGUGAAACACGCUGACUUUUGUUUGCAAAAUGUCAUUUUAUCACCUGAAGGCCAACCGCUCAUCGUAGGGUUCUCUGUGGCUCGUGAUCAAAAAUGUAAAUUUCUCGUGCGAGGGAAAGGUCUUGAUGAUUUGCGUGUCGGAAAUUGGGCGCAGUCAAAAUAUGACAUUCAAUGCAGGGAACUUCAUGAUGCAUGUUUUGACUUGAUGGAGCUGUGGGUUCCUAAGUAUGUGUCUCUCGUUGAAUGGUAUAAUCCGCUUAAGGUUAGUGGGUUGCUAUAUCCCGAGGCCCUCGCAACCCAAGCCUUAGAGGAGUACGGACUUCCAAGGGACGUCACCAUACCCGAGGCAAAGAAGAUGCGGCGAGAGUUUGAGGCACAUAUAAAGAAAGGAGGAAUGUGCAAACCUGUGUAUACGGCGUCGAACUUGAAUUGGCGUUGUCGAUUGGAGGUCUCCAACACUUCACGUGUACCAGCGAAUGACUCAUGGCCGAUGUUGGAGAAUAUGGCAAGUUUGUAUUUCGCGAAUAGGCAUCCGAGAGCUAUAUGAAAUGGAGGGAAGGAAGUUUCAC